AUGGUAUCUUCGUCUCAGCGCCACAAAACCGUUGAGUUUCUCAUAAAAUCUUCUCAACACCUCAAUGUUUCCCCCAUCGUUAAAUACUCAGCAUUCUCCUUCUUCGCCGAUCGCUUCAUUCCCUCAUUACCACUUUUUAUAGAACGCGCGAACUCGUUGAACUGGCUGUUUAAACCUGUCACUGAAAGCACCUUGCAGUUGUUUGUGCUUAUUUCUCUAUGGAUUUCAAGCAAAAUACAUGAUUCUCUACCGCUCUCUGUUGCGAGUUUGAAGUCUUUGGCGGAUAAAUCAAUCAAGGACCAACACUUUACAAAUCGGAAUUUCAUUGAAGCGGAGGUGCUCUUCAUGCAGGUGUUGAACUUUGAGAUUGGUACUGCGAAUAUAGCCUUUUCGUUCCUUCAAGAGCUUUGGAUUCAAAUCAAGGGAGUAGCAAAAGUUGGUGAGUUGAUUAGCUUUGAAGUUUGCAUGGAAAUUAUGGAUCUUCUUUAUGAAAAGGAAGAGAUGUCAUAUCUUUAUAGGUCUCCUCGUCCCCUUGCUGCAUCAAUAUUGGUUGUAUCAUACUUAAUGACAGUCCCUAAACAGAAAUGGGAGUUCCCAGUUGUUGCAUGGGUAAAUUUCGCAACCUCUUGUAAGGAAGAAGAUAUCAUAAAAAUGGUGACGGAGAUUCUCAAACAUGUGCUUGAACCUUCUUGA